CAUUGAGAAUGUUUGCGUAGGCUUCCCUCGGGCUCUCUCCUCCUCUCUCCUCUCUGCACAUUUUCUUGCUGACCAACGGCGUUGUGCAAAUCAACAAAGAAGAAGACAAGAAAUCAUGGUUUCUGAGAAGUUUUACCUGCGACUUCUCACCUUUGUGGCUCUACUGACUGUACUGGCUCUCUCAGAUGUUGCUAGUGAGAACACACUGGAAAAACUCUUGAUGAAAAAAGUGGACGGUGAUGUAAAGCCAGCUGCAGCUGUGGCUGUGACUCCCUCCAAGGCCAAACAGUUCCUGGCCUCACUUAAAAGGCCCAAAAGAAACCUGUGGGACCGCAGCCGCCCUGACGUUCAGCAGUGGAUCCAACAGUUCAUGUAUAUGGGCUUUGAUGAAGCGAGACUUGAAACUGAUCUCGCCUAUUGGAUGGACCAGCACCGAUCCAAUGACCAAGGUCGCCAGCAUCACUACGAUGAAAACUCUCCCAUGGGGCCUCGGGACGCUGGAUCAUACAGACAUGGAGCAAAUGUCAACUAUGACUACUACUAAAACACCUUGUUCUCCCUCAACCACGUCACUGCUGCCAAGAAUAUGUUUCGAAGGCAUAACCACUCUGAUUUACUGCAGUGAUGUCAGCUUGCUUCUUUCUUUUGUAGCUUGUAUGUAAAUUGUAUUAACAGAUAGAAAAUCAAAUAGUUCACACAUAAAUGAAAAUUCUAUCAUUACUUUCACUACAAAAUUACGAAAAAUAACAUAAAAGUAGCCCAUAUGAUAAUGUAUGUGAUGAAGAGACAUUAUACAUAUAGUCAUUACUGAUAAUCUUUUAUUCCACUGAAGCAUUUUAGAGCUUGACAGUCCCAGUCUUCAUUCACUUUCGUUAUAGUGAAAAGAACAACAAGGAUAUUUUUCAAAAACGUCUUAUGGGUUUGGAACAUGAGGGCGAGUAAAUGAUGAUGGAAUCAUUUUUGGGUGGACUAUCCAAAGUGGUAGUUGUGUAGACGGUCAAUGGAGGGACAGAAAGCUAUCAGAUUUCAUUAAAAUAUCUUCAUUUGUGUUGUGAAGAUGAAUGGAAUGACAUGACAGAAAUUUUCAUUUUUGAGGUGAAUUUUCCCUUUAAGGUCUUCUAUCUGGUGUAGUUUUCAAAAGGCUGAAAGCAGUGUUACAAUAAAGAAUACAAAACCUUA